GAUCUCAUAAACCAGAUGGUGUAGUGCACGCUGUGCAUGUAAGAACAGAAACCAAAGACAGCCCACAUUCCGGUUGAUGCGGAGACGAUGUCGAGUGUGCUCCUCACUCUGAAGCCGGGGAGGUGUUUGUUCCCGGAGUCCACCAACGGAGCAGCAGCAGAGAGAGACUUAAUAAUACAGCAUCAAAAUAUAUAAAAUGGGAAAGCUGCUUCUCUUCUUCCUGGUGGCCGCUUUCUGUCAGAGUGCUUCUCUUCAAAGGAAAGAGAAAAAGAGAAACGGAGUGGACGGCAGCAGCUCGGUGGUCGUGGUCGCGAGGCCCAGAACAUUUCCCGGUGAGACGUUUCAGCCCGACUUCCUCCCGGCGCUGAACGGGACUCAAGCCCCCGGUUCAUCUCACUCCCUUCCGGCACUGUAUCACCUCGGCAACGGCACAAUCGACUACCUCCGCGGCGCCCUGAGCACGCGGGUCAUCCCCGUCGUCUACACGCUGGUCGUCGCCGUGGGGGUCCCCGCCAACGUCGCCAUCUUGUACGCGCUGGCCUCGAAGAUCAGGACGGUGUCCUCCGCCAUCCUCUACUGCAGCCUGGCCGUCUCCGACCUCUUCCUCCUGCUCUCCCUCUUCUUCAAGGCCCACUACCAUUUCCACGGGAACCACUGGACGCUCGGCGAGGCCGCCUGCCGGGCGGUCACCGCCUGUUUCUACGGCAACCUCUACUGCUCGGCCCAGACGCUGGCCUGCAUCGGCGUCAAGCGCUACCUGGCCGUGGUGCACCCGUUCACGUACAAGAGCCUCCCCAAGAGGACGCUCACGGCCUGGGUCACCGCGGCGGUGUGGGGGGUGUUCGGCGCCGCCGUCCUCCCCGAGCUGCUCGUCCGCCAGAGCUACUGGAUCCCCCAGUUGGGCCGCACCACCUGCCACGACGUGCUGCCCCUGCGCGACGACUCCCACCGCUUCCUGCUCUACUACAACCUGCUCCUUGGCGUCUUCGGCCUGCUGGCGCCCCUGGUGGUCACGGUGGCGUGCUACGGGCGUAUCGUGCGCGAGCUGAACCGGUCGCACCACGACUGGGCGAUGUACAUCAAGGCCAGCUCACUGGUGCUGGCCAUGUUCCUGCUGUGCUUCGCCCCAGCCGGGGCGCUGCACUUCCUGCACUACGCGCGCCUGUUUUCGGACGGGGCGGCGAGUUUGUACGUGGGCUUUAAAGCGGCGGUGUGCUUGUGCUGCGUCCACGCCUGUCUGGACCCCUUCUUCUUCCUCCUCAUGUCCAAGUCUGCAGGCUCCAGGGUUUACUUUCGGGCCUUUAAGGGCAAGACCCUCAGCCUGUCUGUGUAAGAGGGGCCGGAAACCCAAAACUGGUUUCUGGAGGUUUUCUCUGUGGCUGGACUCCAAGGAGAAAACAGAAGGACCCGUGAGACAGGGGCGUUUGGAGGAUUCAAAGAAGGCGGGGCUAAGGGUGCGUUCACACCAAAAGCGAAACUAUAUUUUGCGUCGUCCAAAACGCGUGAGUUCACUCGCUCGACCGUUCGCCGUGUUCUCGUCAUGAGCGUCGAGACGCUCCGCGAGGGCGGGGCUUAUCUCCGUGUCUCGUCUCCGUAAAGACAGUUAUCAUUUCCUUCAUCCACCAGAAUAACUCACCACUAGUUCUGCUUUAUAUUUGUCGUGGACGUCCCACACAGUAACGCCCUCGUGUUUGGGUUCAUGACAUCACCCGUAGGCUCACUCAGCUCGGUCACUUUCACCGAUGAGGUCACUGUUACGUCUGAAAGACUUCCGCUUCCAGCGCGACGAGAGCGGAACACGAGAGCCGAUUGGCCCGAGUUGCGAGAUGACCGCCUCAGAGUUAAAAUAUUUCAACUCGGGGCGAAAAUCGCGCCGCUGAAAACGCGUCGCCCGGGAAAAUAUCGCAAUUGUUUUUUGGGGUCCGAAUAUCCAUCGUUAGAUACAGAAUUUCAAGGUCAUAGUGAUAUUUGAUGCUCAUUUUGACACUUUCACUGAGACAAAGGGUCAAAUAUACCAUUCAAUGGAGAGAAAAAACCUCCCCAAGGUCCUAGUGCCGGGGGAUUAUAUCGUUACGUAUGCAUGAUGAUCGGCUAUUGGAUUGUAAUUUGCAGAGGGAGGAAACAUACACACCAGAAUGCACGCACAUAUGUCGCAUGUUCGAGUUAUAAAUAGCGUGUCCAUGUGUUAGGAUCUGGAGUUUGUGUCUUAUUUUGAAGUCUGUGUGUCGUCUGUCUCCCUGUGAUUGUCUGCCCUGGUCCUGAUUGUUUCCUUCUGUGUGAUUGCUGGCCCCGCCCUCGACGUUAUUAAUCCUCACUUUAUUGGGCAUCCACCAACACAGACAGCGUGCUCCUCUCGGCAGCUCCAACGUCAACAACGGUUCCCGUCAACCACCCUUAACUCCCGUUUUCCGACAGGUUAACCCCGCCUCCCCUCUACUCCGCCAAUCACAGGCACGCCCCCUCGACCAGCAGCACGGUGCCACACUGUGAUUGACAGCCACUUCCAGUGUUGCCAGGUCCGCGGUUUUCCCGCGGAAUUGGGCUACUUUUGAAGUGUUGCCGCGGGUUGAAUUUUUUGUCCGCUGGUUCGGGUAGACCUAUUUUGCAUGCAAAUUACAUGAAUAUCUUUAAAUAAAAAUCCAUAUUUUAAUUGAAAUAAUUUAUUUAUACCCAAAUCCUACCAAACUGAUUCCAGAUCAGCACGUACACGCCGACACAUCCGCGCACACAGGUGAGCACACUCUCACUAGCACCCCCCCCCCCUCAAUUAUAUGCAGCACCUCAAGGCACCUUUGUUUUCUCUUUUAAUUAGUGUUAACACUGUAGGCCAAUCACUUUUAUUUCAUUGGGCCUAAUGUGGUAAAAAAAAAACACUGUUAAAUGACAGACAGUUAUUUUGUGUUAAGUAUUAAAAGGGACUUUUGUACUACUGCUUGAUUUGAAGGCCUGUUGCCCUGUUGAUUGCAAUAAAUAGGUCUACAACAUAUGUUUAUUGUGUUUGACUGUUCAGUACUGUUCAUUACAUUAAAAAAGCAGACAUAAAAGUAACUUAAAAGUUACUUUCCCUAGUAACUAAUUACUUUUGAUAUACAGUAACUAGUAAAGUAAUUAAAUUACUUUUAAAAGAAGUAACUAGUAACUGUAACUAAUUACACAUUUUCAGUAACUUGCCCAACACUGCUGGUUUAUGGAAAUUAAAGAUUGGUUUUGCAGAAGUUAUGUCGGCAUUUGGGUCCUCUCUCGCUGCGACAUCCGUGACACCUCAUGACACCAUGGGAAGCCCCCCUAAAAUAGGCCCCUGCCGUGAGUGUAUUCACGAUGCACAAGCAAUGGACUAACUCACAUGUUGCAUCACAUGAGGUCUCUUUAAAAGUCGAAUACAUAUUUUUGUGCAGCAAAUAUAGUUCAUGUGUGUGUGAGUCAGAGAGAAGACAGAUGUGUGAAUCCAUGUUUACAUGUGUAAAUAAUUAAAAUAAAGUAUGCAUUUAUGUAUGAUUAAUUAA